AUGAACGAAAUAUUCCAAUCUCCGGUGACACCGGAAAUUCUGCAAAUGAUGAUGGGAUAUUUGCGGCGGAAUGGUUUCACCGAAACCGAGGAGCAAUUGUCACGCGAGGCGACGAAUUUGUUGGGAGGGAAAUCAGAGUUUAGCAGUGCUGCUGGUCUGCCGCCUGAGUGAGUGAUUGAUUUUUGGGUGGGGAAUAUAAAAUUUUUGGUGGAAAAUGGGAAGUACUGGCUAGAAAGCUUUGAAAAUGCUUUCUGAGAUCCGGAAAAACCCUCGAAGGGCUUGAAAAUUUGAAUGUUCAUCAAAAUACGAAUUUAUAUUCAAAAAACUUUUGAAAUCAAUAUUUAAAAGUCUGAAUUUAAUGCCGAAAAUAUCCAAUUAUCUUCGUGAAAAGCUUCAAAUUUAUAAUUUUCUCAUAAAAACUCCUCUAAAUUUUUCAGAGAAGCGAUCACAGUCGAAUUCGAAACCUUUAUGAAACAUGGUCUUAAUAAUCCGUCGGAAAUAGUUCAAGUCGAAUACAGUCAAAUAUUAUUUCCAGUAUUUGCUCAUAGUUAUAUAUCUUUAGUCGAAAGACAAUCUCGAACAUCUCGCGCAUUUUUCGAUCGAUUUAGUCGUGUAAUUCCAGAAUGUUAUAAGGAUUAUGUAUAUCAAUUGAGUUUAGUCGAAGAUUUGAUAACUUUGAGAGCUUGUGAACAUGUUCAUACUUUGCGGGCAAAUAAAUUUUUGGUGAGAUUUUCGAGGCCGACGAGUUUGCAUUUGGAUUUGGUGAUGGCGAGAUUGGUGGGAAUUAAGAAUAUCAUUGCAAAACAUGUUAUGAUUGAUCGUGAGUUUUUAAUGGCUGGAAUAAUGGAAGAAAAUUUCAGAGUUGAUCUCUGUAAAUUCCGGUACUCUUCCUGGGGACAUUUUAGCGUCAAAAAGACGAUUUUCCAUCAAAAUGUAUUUUUUUUCUCACCAAAAAUACCCCCAAUUUAAUUUUUGUAGCCACUGAAACCACUGCAAAAAAUACGUCAACAAUUGAAACCCAAAUGGGUGGAAUUUUGGGACAAAUUGGAAAACACGACAGAAGACAUAAAAUGUAUUUUGGAGUGGUAAAAGACGAUUUGAUGAUAAAUAUUGAGAAAAAGAAAAAUGAAAGGAAAAGAAUGGAGAGAUGCAGGAAAGAAAACGGCUACGGUUUGUAUUUAGGGUUUUUUCUGACUGAAACUAUGCUAGAAAAUCAUGUUUCAUUAUCGAAAUUUGUGAAAAAUCUUGAUUUUUUGAAAAAAAAAGUGUCUUCAAUUCCAUUUUUUUUGUCAUUUUCUCACAAAAACCCCAUAAUUUUGCAGAUGGCUCCAACACUUGAUCGAAUUCCACUUCCACCAAUCAGUGAACAUUUACGAGAAGAUCGAAGGAAUCAUCAAAGAGUGAGCUUUUUUCUUUUGAAUUAUUGGCACCAAUUCAAAAGUCCACCUAAAAGCUCUAUCUUUCAUUAUUUUUUGUUUCGUUCUAGGAAGUCGCAAAAAUGGCACUUGUCUCAGCCGAUUCUCCCGUCUCAAUUUGUAUGCAUACAGUAAUCAAUGCACCGAUUGGAGUUUCGGCUUGCGAUUUUUCGGAUGAUUCGAAUUUUAUUGUCAUGGGGUAUGGUGAUUUUUUUGACUGAAAAUCGUGAUUUCAAGAUAUUUUUGGUUCUAAAAACAAGAAAAGGGUCUGAUUCUGAAUUGCUCAUUUUAAGAAGGAAAAUAUGGUUAUUUCCUCAAUAUGAGUAAUUAGAAUUGGAAAAUUAAUCAUUGCUCAUAUUAAACAAGAAAGUACUUAUUGAUUUAUUUUUGCUCAUAUAAAAGUUAUUUUUUUUGUUUUUAUAGUAUGAGUGAUUUCAACAUUUUAGUUCCUAAUAUGAGCAAUGGUGUAAAUAUACAAAAAAAAACAUUUUAGAAAACCUGAAAAAAUUCACUUUUCCACUCUAAAAAAUCCCUUUUUUGCAGCCUCCAAGAUUCUUCAAUCCUCGUAAAUGCAAUGAACCCGAUGAAUAAAAUUCGAAAAUUACGAGAUAUGGAAUAUUUGGAUAAAAUUGACAUCGAAACAGCUGAUAAUAUAAAUGAACAAAUGUUUGAUCUACAAGCAUCCACUUCAAAUGUUCGAUUUACGGGACACGGUGCUACCGUAUUCUCUGUGAAUUUCUCACCAGAUCGAAGAUUGUUGUUGAGUUCGGCUGGUGAUAAAACAAUUCGAUUGUGGAGUAUGGAUACACAGAAAAAUGUGGUGAUUUAUCGAACACCGGCUGUGGUUUGGGAUGUGAGUUUUUGAAAGAGGGGAUUGAAAUCAGAAUGAGAUUUGGAGUAUUUUGAGACCGCAAAACACUUGGCUUUGGCUUCGAUUUUCUAGAAUUUUGUAAAUUUUUGACCCACGGAAAAUAUAGGUUUCAAAAAUAUUUGAAAUUUUCGUUAUUGAAAAAAAAUAUUAUUAACUUUUUUUCCCAAAUUUUGAAAAAAAUAAAGUCAUAAAAAAUGUUCCAAUUUUGCAGGCAAAAUUCUGUAAUCGUGGUUAUUAUUUUGCGACGGGAAAUUCGGAUAAAACAGCAAGUGUUUGGUGUACAGAUCGAAUGCAUCCGGUUCGAUUAUUUGCCGAUUCUUAUGGUGAUGUGGAAUGUAUUGAUUUUCAUCCAAAUUGUAAUUAUAUUGCUGGAGGUAUUUUUGAAUUUUUAGGGGAACAUUUUAAGAUCAAGUGGAAUUUCAGAGCAAAAAUCUAGAUUUUCAGCCAUUUUUAUUUAGAUGAAAUCUCGAAAUUUUAACUUUAUAUUUGAAUUUCUCACGAUUUUUCAAAUUUUUUGAGUAUAAACGAAAAAUUACUAAAUUUCUGUUGAUUUUUUGUCUCAUUUCCUACCUUUCCAAUAUAUCUGUCAUAUUUUCCAGGCUCAUUUGAUCGAUAUAUUCGAGUUUGGGAUAUGUUAACCGGAACAUGUGUUCGCAUUUUCUCUGGUCACAAAUCCAACGUGAUAGCUGUGAAAUUCUCGCCGGAUGGUCGAUAUUUGAUAAGUCUCGAUUCGGUUGGAAAUGUUAUGGUUUGGGAUUUGGCUUAUCAACGAUUGUUUGCCGCCGAAUUGACUGGAAAUAUUGGAACUAAGGUAUGCCUGAAUAUUUUGAUGUUUCACAAAUUUUUUGAGAUCAGAUAAGUCUAAAAAAUUAAGCUUUAAAACUGAAAAUGAAUUACAAUUAGAAUUUUCAGAUUGUUUUUGGAAUUUAAUCAGAAGUGCCUAGAAACAAUUUUUUACAGGGUUGUAUCACAUUUACACGGGAUGGUGGAGUUUUUGCUGUUUCGCAUGGAAAUUCAAACAUUAGCCUCUAUUCACUGGACGCAUUGGUUGCAAAUAUUUCAGCAACAGCUGCACAGACUGAUUUGGGUGUCGAACCGAAGUGAGUUGCUAUUUUGGAUCUAAAAAAUAAGGCAGAGAUCUGAAUUGUUUUUCAAAUUUCGAUUUUUUAAAGCAUUUUUUACAUGAAUUCAAAAAUCGAAUUUUAAUUUUGUUGCAGAGUAAACAUGGACGGUUUCAAUAUUGGCACAUAUCCAACAAAACAUUCAUCAGUGAUUGGACUACACUUUAGUCGACGAAAUUUAUUAUCAGCUUUUGGCUGUUUUGGACAAUAA